CAAACCAAAAUAAACUUCAUAUGAUCAACUAACUGAUCACAACCAUGUCCCUCUCUCGCUUGUAUACCACACCCAUUUCCUCAUCAAUCACCUCUAACAAUCCUCUUCGAAGUUCCACCAAAAUUACCAGCUGCCCAUCAGUUCAUCUUUCAAACCGUACCCACUACAUCUCGUGUGAACAUAACAAACAAACCAGCAAAGAAGCUAGCGAUGUAACUUAUAAUGUACUUGAUAGAAGAAAUGUCCUCUUGGGAUCAGGAGGAUUAUAUGGUGCCACUGGCACGGCUAUUGGUGCACCGCUAUCCCCUCCCGACUCAACAAAGUGUCAUAAAGCAACGGAUUCAGAUGCUGACCCAAAAGAGGGAGACUGUUGUCCACCUGAUUAUGGUAAAGCUAAAAUGGUCGACUUCACUCCACCUUCUCCUAAUGAACCAUUACGAGUUCGGAAAGCAGCCCAUAGAUAUAAUUCUGACGAUAUUGUGAAAUUUGAAGCAGCUAUUGCUAAGAUGAAGGCUUUACCAGCCAAUCAUCCAUGGAACUAUUAUCAGCAAGCUAACAUUCAUUUUACUUACUGCAAUGGAGCCUUUGAUCAGUUGAAUACAAAAAGUUUACUUCAAAUUCAUGAAAGUUGGUUUUUCCUUCCAUGGCAUCGGUACUAUAUAUACUUUUGGGAGAAAAUUCUUGGAAAACUUAUUGGUGAUGAUACAUUCUCUAUCCCUUUCUGGAACUGGGAUAAUCCUAAAGGAAUGUACAUCCCACGGAUGUAUUUAAAUAGUAAAUCACAUCUUUUUGAUGAAACUCGCAACAGAGAUCACUACAAGUCGGUGUUGGAUUACAAAUAUUCUUGGGGUGACCCUAAUCCUACAGACACCAAUGCUGUGGUGACUGCUAAUUUGGCUGAGUUAGAUAGUAUAUUCAAAGAAACGUUACAAUUUCCAGCACUGUUUAUGGGGAAAGCAUUAAGGGCAGGAGAAAAUCAAACUCCAGCUCCUGGGAGAUGUGAGAGUUUGCACAAUGUCAUGCAUAUGUGGGGUGGACCUCCAACUCCCCCUUACUGGAAUAUGGGAAAUUUUCGCACUGCUUCCCGUGAUACAUUAUUCUUUGGCCACCAUGGUAAUGUCGAUCGGAUGUGGGAUAUCUAUAGUACGUUCCGUGGGCAGAAAGUUGAAUUCAGAGACCCUGACUGGCUCGAUUCAUCAUUCAUCUUCUACGAUGAAAAUGAACAGCUCGUUAAGUGCAAGGUAAAGGAUUGUCUAACUCCAGAAAGUCUACGAUAUAGUUACAGUCCUGAACCACUUCCAUGGAAAAACAUCCGUAGAAGGUACAAGAAACUGAGGAGCGCAGCAAAGAAGAGGAGUGAAGGUGACUCACUGAAACUUACCCCAGUUUUUGGGUAUGGAUCCGAACCACUUACAUUAACAGAACCACUGCGAGCAUUAGUACAGAGGCCAAAGAUUUCAAGGAGUAAAGAUGAGAAAGCUGAUGCAGUAGAAGUUUUGGUAAUAGAUGGAAUCAACGUUUUAAGUGGAUCAACAGCAAGGUUUGAUGUUUAUGUAACUAAACCGCUGGAAGGGUUAGUUGGUCCAGACAAUGGAGAAUUAGCCGGUAGUUUUGUGCGAAUUCCUAACGCUCAUCAGAAAUUAUCCGCAGGUAAAGACUCAAGUUUGGAAUUGGGUAUUAGUACUCUACUUGAAGAAAUUGAAGCCGAAAGUUCAGAUGAAUUGGUUGUAAGUUUGAUUCCUCGAAAUGGUGAUAUUGUUAUCGGUGGAGUUCGCAUUGAGUUAUUCAAAGUUGAUGAUGAUGAAAUAUGAAUGAUGAAGAUCAGUUACUGGCUACGUAGUUUUUGAGUAAUGGUUCCUAUAAGCAUCCGCAUCCUGCAGUUGUAGUUGACCAUCUUUGACGGACAUGUAGUGGUCAAUCAUUUUAACUAUUUGUGUGGUUCCUUUUGUCUUUGUAUCCUAGUGUGCCCUAUGAGCACUUUACAAUAAUGCAUUUCAACCCAGUUAGCUGGGAUCCUGACCCUCA